GAUUAUCUGGGAAGAAUGACCAUCUGCCAAACCAGAUGUUGUCUGCUUGGUACACAAGCUGUAUUCCUGGAAAGUUGAGCAUAAACUGGAUUUAGGUAUACGGAAUCAUAUUCUGAAUUACUGGAAGAAUUUUCUAUCAAAGGAACUUAGCAGUAGAUCCUUUUGUAAAGUGAAGAAUUAUUUUGUAAUGUGGAGACUCUCUCCAUGAUUUAUGAGUUUGGCUCCAGUUCCAACACCAUCUUCUGAGAUGAACCUGAUUCCCAGAAUGCCCUUGGUGCUGCUCCUGCUGCUGCCUAUCUUGAGUUCUGCAAAAGCUCAGGUUAACCCAGCUGUAUGCCGCUACCCUCUGGGCAUGUCAGGAGGCCACAUUCCCGACGAGGACAUCACAGCCUCCAGUCAGUGGUCAGAGUCCACCGCUGCCAGAUAUGGAAGGCUGGACUCAGAAGAAGGGGAUGGAGCCUGGUGUCCCGAGAUUCCAGUGGAACCCGAUGACCUGAAGGAGUUUCUGCAGAUUGACUUGCACACCCUGCAUUUUAUCACUCUGGUGGGGACCCAGGGACGCCAUGCAGGGGGCCAUGGCAUUGAGUUUGCCCCCAUGUACAAGAUCAACUACAGUCGAGAUGGCACUCGCUGGAUCUCUUGGCGGAACAGGCAUGGGAAACAGGUGCUGGAUGGAAAUAGUAACCCCUAUGACAUUUUCCUAAAGGAUUUGGAGCCACCCAUUGUGGCCAGAUUUGUCCGCUUUAUCCCAGUAACUGAUCACUCCAUGAAUGUGUGCAUGAGGGUGGAACUUUACGGAUGUGUCUGGCUGGAUGGCUUGGUGUCUUACAGUGCUCCAGCUGGACAGCAGUUUGUACUGCCGGGAGGCUCCAUCAUUUAUCUCAACGAUUCUGUCUAUGAUGGAGCUGUUGGGUACAGCAUGACUGAAGGGCUGGGCCAGUUGACUGAUGGGGUGUCUGGCCUGGAUGAUUUCACGCAGACCCACGAGUACCAUGUGUGGCCGGGCUAUGACUACGUGGGCUGGAGAAACGAGAGUGCCACCAAUGGUUACAUUGAGAUCAUGUUUGAGUUUGACCGCAUCAGGAAUUUUACUACUAUGAAGGUCCACUGCAACAACAUGUUUGCUAAGGGUGUGAAGAUUUUUAAGGAGGUCCAGUGCUACUUCCGCUCUGAAGCCAAUGAAUGGGAACCUAACGCCGUCUCCUUCCCGCUGGUGCUGGAUGACGUCAACCCCAGUGCUCGCUUCGUCACUGUGCCCCUCCACCACCGCAUGGCCAGUGCCAUCAAGUGCCAAUACCAUUUUGCUGACACCUGGAUGAUGUUCAGUGAGAUCACCUUCCAAUCAGAUGCUGCAAUGUACAACAACUCUGGAGCCCUGCCCACAUCGCCUGUGGCACCCACAACCUAUGAUCCCAUGCUUAAAGUUGAUGACAGCAACACUCGAAUCCUGAUUGGCUGCUUGGUAGCCAUCAUCUUCAUUCUCUUGGCCAUCAUUGUCAUCAUCCUUUGGAGGCAGUUCUGGCAGAAAAUGCUGGAGAAGGCUUCCCGGAGGAUGCUGGAUGAUGAAAUGACAGUCAGCCUUUCCCUGCCCAGUGAAUCCAGCAUGUUCAACAAUAACCGCUCCUCAUCACCAAGUGAGCAGGAGUCCAACUCCACUUAUGAUCGCAUCUUUCCACUUCGCCCUGACUACCAGGAGCCAUCCAGGCUGAUACGAAAACUUCCAGAAUUUGCUCCAGGGGAGGAAGAAUCAGGCUGCAGUGGCGUUGUGAAGCCAGUCCAGCCCAGUGGGCCCGAGGGCGUGCCCCACUACGCAGAGGCUGACAUUGUGAACCUCCAGGGGGUGACUGGAGGCAACACCUACUCUGUGCCUGCCGUUACCAUGGACCUGCUUUCGGGAAAAGACGUGGCUGUGGAAGAGUUCCCCAGGAAGCUCUUAACAUUCAAGGAGAAGCUGGGUGAAGGCCAGUUUGGGGAGGUUCAUCUCUGUGAAGUGGAGGGAAUGGAAAAGUUCAAAGACAAAGAUUUUGCCCUAGAUGUCAGUGCCAACCAGCCUGUCCUGGUGGCUGUGAAAAUGCUCCGAGCAGAUGCCAACAAGAAUGCCAGGAAUGAUUUUCUCAAGGAGAUAAAGAUCAUGUCCCGGCUCAAGGACCCAAACAUCAUCCGUCUCUUAGCUGUGUGCAUCACUGAGGACCCUCUUUGCAUGAUCACUGAGUACAUGGAAAAUGGAGAUCUCAAUCAGUUUCUUUCCCGCCACGAGCCACCCAGUUCUUCCUCUGCCAGUGUACCCACUGUCAGUUAUGCCAACCUGAAGUUUAUGGCUACCCAGAUUGCAUCUGGUAUGAAGUACCUUUCCUCACUUAAUUUUGUUCAUCGAGAUCUGGCCACACGAAACUGCUUAGUGGGUAAGAACUAUACCAUCAAGAUAGCUGAUUUUGGAAUGAGCAGAAACCUAUACAGUGGUGACUACUACCGAAUCCAGGGCCGGGCAGUGCUCCCGAUCCGCUGGAUGUCCUGGGAGAGCAUCUUGCUGGGCAAAUUCACUACAGCAAGUGAUGUGUGGGCCUUUGGGGUGACUCUGUGGGAGACAUUCACCUUUUGCCAGGAACAGCCCUAUUCCCAACUGUCAGAUGAACAGGUCAUUGAGAAUACUGGAGAGUUCUUCCGAGACCAAGGGAGGCAGACUUACCUCCCUCAGCCUGCCAUUUGCCCUGACUCUGUGUAUAAGCUGAUGCUCAGCUGCUGGAGAAGAGACACCAAGCACCGGCCCUCUUUCCAGGAAAUCCACCUUCUGCUUCUUCAGCAGGCGGAUGAGUGAUGCUGUCAGAGCCUGGCAACAGGAGUUCUUGAGAGGAGCAGGUUGAGUGUGGAAGAGUCAUCUGCUGCUACUGCUUGGGAUUUACACUCUUGCCUUGGAGACGGUAUGACCAGCAGAAAAAGAAAGCUUGAGGCUCUGGCUUCAGAAUCCAUGGAUACUGAUAACACUGUUAAAUAAAAGUCCCCUCAGAACAGAGUCUGAGCUUUCACACUCCACAGAUCCUCAGAUUCAGUAGGAAACAGGAAACAGGAAUGAGAUGGUCUUGAAGUCUCUUCCAGUUCUGAUGUAUUCAGACCUCAGUGGAUAAUUGAAUCUACAAUUGCUGCAGACUCAGUUGUCCAGUCAUCUCCUGCUCUGAUAAUUGUGGUCAGCAAAAGAGAUCAUGUAAAGAAGUCACGAUAAUAGUAGUAAUAGGAAUGCCUGUCACCGGCUCAGUGCUUUAAAGUUUAUCAUGUGUUUCUACAUACUUUAUCUCAUUUGAUAUCUGCAGGGCCAGACAUGUUCUCAUGUUCUUUUAUACUUGGGACCUGCCACACACUCUGUCUUCUCAAGAUCAGUAAUAACUUCGUUUAUUAUUCAUAGUUCCCCAGAGAAACAGAACUUUAUAUAUAUAUAUAAAGUUUAUAUAUAUAUAAACUUUAUAUAUAUAUAUAAGAUUUAUUAUAAUGAAUUGGGGAAUUGGGUACAUAAUUAUGGGGACUGAGGAGUUCCACAAAGCUGGUGUUGAUGUACUUCUGAGAACCAGAAGGUCAAAGGUUUAAGUCCCAGUUGAGAGCUAAAGACUGAUGUGUGAGCUCAAGUAGUCAGGCAGGGAGGGUAAAUACCCCCUUACUUUUUUUCUUCUAUUUAGGCCAUCAUUGGAGUGGAUGAUGCCCACCCAUGCUAGAGAGGGCAAUCUGCCUUACUCAGCUCACCAAUGAAAAUGUUAAUCUCAUCUGGAAACACCGUUAUAGAAAAACACCCAGAAAUAAUGUGUAAUCUGGGUGCCACAUGUCUCAGUCAAGUUGAUGCAUUAAGGUUAGUCUUUCCAUUUCAAUAGAAUCAAAGGGACUUGAAAUCAGGGCCUGCAACUUGUUCUCCUUGAUCCAUGAGCAUCUGGCAGGGCUGCAUUCAGACCAGGCCAUGACUUCCCAUGUGGCAAGAGGAAAUAUGUAAUGUAAUUUAUCCUUCCUUUGUCUAGUAUCUUUCAACUUAUUUCUUUUUACAAUUCUGCCUCAAGCCACUGCAUUGCAUGAUACCAUAAAAAAAAAAAAGUUUAAAAUUAACUUAGUAUGUCUAGAUUUUCCUGGCCUUGAGUCAUAGAGGUGAUCUGUUUCAAGCAACUGGCAAAUAUGUAAUGUAAUGUACAGUUACCUUUUUCUGAGAUGAGGAACAUUACAUCUUCUGGCACUAAGACUUUUGUAUUAUAGACACAGUUUUAACUUCUUCCUUUGUCAUACACAUUGAGUUCAGCAGUACAAACCUAAGAGAGCCAUCAGGGUAAAGUUAUCAGGCGUCAGUUCAGUUCAGUCAGUUCAGUCGCACAGUCAUGUCCGACUCUUUGCAACCCCAUGAAUUGCAGCACGCCAGGCCUCCCUGUCCAUCACCAA